GCCUCCGGGACCUGGCAACUACAGGAUGCGGGUCGCAGCGCCCGGAGGCCUUUGAGAAGAUCCUUUAACUUCGUGCCUAUUUCUCCAUCUGUAGAAUGGAAAACAGUGCCUGUGGCAUGAGGAUGUGAGGAAUAAAUAAAUGAGUGACUCCAAAGUCCAAUAGUGUUGGUACAGAGAAAGCACUCGGAAAGUAGCCCUUGUAGUUUUAGGUUUAAAAGCGUCGAAUGGAAUCCAUUUGCAUUCGAAAAGUGGACCAACACAAAGACUUGAUAUUGUGGAAUGAUGAGCAAACAAGCGAUGCCAUGUGACGAGCAAGAAAGGCUCUUGUGUUAUAAUGGGGAAGUGCUUGUUUUUCGAUUGUCUAAAGGAAAUUUUGCAGAUAAAGGGCCUGCACAAAUACCCAUAUUACAUGUCAGAAGAAUGGUAUUUGACAGAGAAACAAGUGCAUUUGUUCAGAAGUCCACGGGAUUCUUUAGCAUAAAGGAAGAAAACUCGUAUCACUUCAAAAUCAUGUGUUGCAACUGUGUGUCAGAUUUCAGAACUGGAAUGAACCUCCCUUGUAUUAUGAUACAAUGCAAUGAAAAGAAUAAUGUUUUCAAAUAUUUUCUCCUAUUUCUUCACAGUACCAAUAAAUUUGAAAAGCGUUUGAGUUUUAGACUAGGCCAUGAGUUGAAGGAUGGCGUAAGGGUCUUGAAUGGCCCUUUAAUUUUAUGGAAACAUGUCAAAACCUUCUUCUAUAUCUUUUCCCAAACUGGCAAAGUUAUGACUAUGUCCGUUAACUUGUCAUCUAUUGAGUGGGCAGGAGAGAUUGAAAAUCUAGGUAUGGUUUUAAUAGGACAAAAGAACUGUUAUUUAUCUGAGGAAGAAGGCACCCCAGAGCCUUCAAAAUCAGAUUAUGCAGUUUGGAACACCACGUUUUGUGCAUGCUUCCUCGAAAGCAAAGAAGUAAUAAGUGAUACAUAUAUUAUCCCUCCUGCUUACAGCACUGUAAUAACUCAUGUGCAUGUCUGCGCAACUGAGUUUGUCAACAACCAGCUAAGAAUGUCUCUGAUUGCCCUUACUCGAAAGAAUCAGCUGAUUUCAUUCCAAAAUGGGACUCCUAAAAGUGUGUGCCAGCUUCCAUUUGGAGAUCCUCGUGAAGUGCAACUUAUGGAUUCAGGCGAAGAUCCCCUUUUCAUUGUAUCCUUUAGGUCCAGUGCUUGUGCUGUUUGGGAAAAGAACUUUCAGGUUGCUGCUCAGUGGGAAAAAAUUAGCUUGGUACUCAUAGAUGACUUUAUCGGAAUUGGAAGGGAACAAGUACUGCUCCUUUUUAAGGACUCCUUAAAUUCAGAUUGCCUGAGUUCAUUUAAAAUAACAAAUCUUGAAAACAUAAACUAUUCGAGUGAAGCAUUGGAUUACAAUGAAGAUGACUUAUUUGAAGACAAACCAGAUAACCGUUAUUUGGUGAUUCCAGCUCUGGAAAGAAGAGUGAAAGUUGGCUUGGUUUCUAUUCAGGAAAUACAGCAGCAUCUUUUGCUUAAGGAAAAAAUUGUUUUAAAAUCUUACAAAGCUUUAAUGAACCUGCUGCAAGGAAAAGAAGAUAAUACAUCAAUUGCAGAGGAGGACUGUCUCGUUACUCUUUGUGGUAAUGAAGAAAAUCCUGUCCAUACUGCUGAUGAAGAGUUACCAGACAAUUCUCAAGAUUCAGAACAGGUAGUAGAGAAGAUAUGGUAUCGCGUAAUAGAUGAUAGCUUGGUCGUUGGAGUGGAAACCGUAUCUUCUUUGACGCUGUCCCUGAACCAGGUGACUUUAUCGUUGUUAGUGGAUGAACCCCAUUGCUCCAGCUUUCGGCUUAUUAAGUGUCAAAAUCGGCUGAUCAAGUUGUGUAGGGACUCUUUUCCAGCACCGUGCGCAGUGCCCUGUGAAAUAGGAUCAGAGGCCAAAAGGAUCAAGCUGACUGUUGACAGUGAGGAAGAGGAGGAGGAGAGCUUUGCUCAGGCACAGCCAUCUGAGAAAGAGUGUGUACAGACCAUCACGGCUGUCACACCCCUUUCGCCGCUUUUAGCGUCCAGUCAGUUUCAUUGCACUCUGCUGCUACAGAUCAGGAAGAGCGAAAACGGUAACUGUUCUGAACAUCGUUACAUUCCGUGUGGCCGACUUUUUUUAAGUCUAGAAGAUCUUUCAAGUGGGAAGUACCUAGUGAUGUUUCCAAAGAAACCUAUAGAACACAUGGAAGAUCUGUUUGCACUCCUUGCAACAUUGCACAGAACUUGUUUCCAAAUUGCAUCAGCCAGCUAUGCCCUGACUUCAAUGAAGGCAUGGCUCUUAGAACGCAUGAACUGUGAAGUAAUCAAAGAAUUUCCAGAAAUUUGCUUUUGUAAAGGGCCAGAGGGUUUGUAUGGAACACUCUUCCACUGGAAACAAAGGACGCCAUUUGAAGGGAUUUUAAUCGUCUACUCCAGGAAUCGAACAGCUUUGUUACAGUGCCUUCAUAAUCUCACCAGAAUUCUCCCUAUAAACUGUUCCCUCAAAAAUCUAAAGUCAGGAAGUGAGGGUUUGCUAAGUGAUCGUUUGGCGUUAACUUUGGAGAAGGAAUUGGUUAUCCUUGGUUCUCUUUCUUCUGCCUUAGUUGAGGUGGACAACGACUCGGUGCAGAGGUGUGAAACAAGUAAAGAAAAGAGUAGUGAUGUUCUUGCUGCUUUAUCAGACAGAAAAGACAGCAUCCAUCCCUACAGAGAAGAACUUCAGAGAGAAAAGCAAGCGUUGGAAACGGAUCUAAAAGUGAGUGGUGCCCUUUAUAGAGAAAUGACUGUGAAAUUAGCAGAGGUUCAGCUGAAGUCAGACCUUGCUGCGCAGAAACUGAGUAGUUAAUAAUUAUAAUCUCAACCUGAUUCCAUUUUAAAACAUUUUUUCCCUUGCCAGAACGUUUUGGUUCUACUUGUUUUUAUUUUACAUUAUAUGCCUCCUUUGUAAGAAUAAAACCUGAGGCUUUUUGUAGAAUCUGGUUUUGAUGAUGGCCAGAAUAGAUUAUGCCUUAGAGCGGCAGUUCUCCACUGGGCCGUUUUGCCUCCCUCCAAACCUGUUCCCCUUUCUCCCCCCACCCCACUCCACCCAGGGCAUUGGGCUCGUUUGGAGACAUUUUUUAAUAGAAGGAGUGGGGAAGGUGAAGCAGGGGUGCUGCUCACAGCUGGUGGGUAGAGGCCAGGGGUGCUGCUAAAUAUCUUAGUCUGUACACAUGAGCACCCCCUAGAAAGAGUGGCCUCUCCCAGAAUGCUGAGGAUGAGAUACCCUGUCUUAGAGUUACCACGUAAGUGCAGGCAGAACUGACCAAACAGUAUUUGGUCUAAAUCUUUGAACAAUCUUAAAUAGCCCUUUCAUUGUGUCCUGCUUAGUGAAUCCCUCUUACAAAAGUUACCUUCACGCAGGUAAACAGGGUUGUCGGGAUUCAUAACUUUGUGUAAAGACCGAGUUCCCGUGGAGAUUUGAAAUGGCAGACUGUGUGGGUGAGGCUAUGGAAACGAAAGUGUCUGGAACUGUUGUUCAUUUAAAUGUUAUUAGAAAGUUUCUGUGAAAUUGUUCAAGUCUGUAGAAAUGUGAAAGUAUCAGGGCAUUACUCUGAAAAGCAUCUCUCUUUCAAAAGGUGAAGCAUACCUCACAGGUCACUAUUUUUCAAAAGUUGAAGACGCCUUUAAGCCAUCUGAAAUUCUAACUGUAGGCAAAGCUAAAAUGUAAUAUUCUAACUAAAAUAAUUUAAAGAAUAUGGUGUUCCUCGCAGACUAAAAAUUUUUUAAAAUGAGUGAAAAUUCAGUGGGGAAGUGAUUUUUAAGGGGUUCAAUGAGACAUUUCAAAGGGGUAAAAAUUCAGCCUAUUUCCUUUUUUUUUGGAAAAAAAAAGAAUUUUGCAAUAAUGAAAGCAUGUCAGGAGAGGAAAAAAGAUUCAAAAGGAAUGUUUCUGAUCCUUUUCACUCUAAAGUCUUUAAGUGAGAUGUGGGAUAUAUAAAGAUGGUUAUAGAAAGUAGCGUUUCACGCUUGCAGGUGUGCAGUGCCAGUGUCUCCCCCCCCUUGCCUCGGGAGUGCUUGUACCGAAUGAUCUGAUGAUGCCAGUGGGUUUUAAAGACUGUAGCUUAUUUUCUUGUCUCGGUUUUUUAUUAUUGUCCACCUAAUGUGCUAGUUCUUUUUUUAGUCAUCAUUGCAAACCGAGACAGCUAUAUUUCUAUGAAAUGUCGAUGGAAAAUAUUUCAGACCUUCUGGAAGUAAAAAUGGAAUAAUUUCAGGAUUAAUUGUGGAAAUCUGGCAACGGUGUGUGUAAAUAGAUACAUGAAAAGUGUCCAUAUCAGGUUCUGAAAGAACAACCAAGCAUGAAAUCGAGCAAUUCAAGUGGAAGAUGGUGUUGUCAAAAAACUAAAGACACUUUAAUUGUAAGAGUUUGUCCAUAGGAAACAAGAUAAUAAAAAUAGCAUUUGCUUAUUUUUUUUAUUGAUACAAGCCACCUAAAGUUAUUAAUGUAGAUCAUACCAAAUAACCUCUUUACUGGUAAGUUUGCUACUUCAGUAUACUUUUCUGCUUAUCACCAACUAGAAAAGCCAACCUUUAAAUGGCCUCGCCACUCCCUCAUGAUUCAUUCGGUUGUCCGUCCGCCUCUGUAAGCAUAUCCCUCUGACCGCUGCCGCCCUCGUCGUGAAUCCGAGGCCCCUCCUCAGAAACACAGUCCUCCCAAAUCCACGCUGCUGAAGUAAAAUCAAGUUUUGUUUUUCUGAACAGAGCACUCCACAGUUGUCAGACGCAAAAUGUUCUGGUGACCUCGGGAGUAGGAAAUGUGUGCCAGCCAGCUUAGGUGUGUGACAUUAUUCAGUUUGGUGACCAGGUUGGGGGAAGGAGGAGGACAUGUAACAUUUAUUGACUGUCAGCUAUAUGCAAAACAAUAAGCUUGCAACACACAUACACGCACACAUACACGUUCAUGUCUACGUCAUACGUAUAUAGGGUUUCAUUGUUCAUGGCAAACCACGAAGAGUAAUUGUUAGUAUUGUCCCCAGUAUGAGAAAGAAUGUUAAACCAAAUUAAGCGGGUGAAUGCAAGCAACUUGAACCUGUGCCACUGUUACCAAAUUUUUAAAAUCAGACCCUUUAAGAACUCUGAUAAUACACAAAUGAAUUUUUUAUUGUCUUCAUAAAGCUUUGUUUCCCUUCUUUCUUCCCUCUUCCCUUCCUUCCUUUCUUUUUUUUUGCCUAAAAGUUUAGACAGUAUCAGAUAUUGAAAGGUAUCCCUUUUUUCUUCCUUGUACUCAAACUUGUAAAAACACCCAUGUCCCUUCUAAUGGAAUGACUGAAAGCUGUUUCUUGGAUAACCCCAUCCAGGGAACUUUGGGGUUUCACUGCUACAGACAGUCCGGUGCAAUGUAGAGAAUGCUGAGCCAUAAACAGUACCCAUCAUUGAAUCCUUCAAGGGUUUGUCCUGUUUUCUCUUUUAGAGCUUCCUCGAUCUGUCACUCUAAUCGCUUACUGCUUUAAUCAGAUAGUCCUAUCCUAUUGUGUUGAGUAUCUUCCUAAUUCUAAUGGUGGUCAGGCCACUUUGUAGGACCUUAUUUUGAUAAUCCUGUUGGUUUUUUUGUUUAGUAGGGUAGCAGGUACUAUUCAGGUAGCGAAUGGUCAUCAGGCCAGAAAAGCAGACACCUUCUGGGCCUGCACUGUUCGUGUUUUUCCUGUGCUACAUUGUGAUGAGCGACACUGGACGCAGUACCCGUGUGUGUAACCGUAACUUCACCUUUAAUGAUCAAUUUCCCCACAGCAGCAGUGACUCUGAAAGUGUAAGUGGUGUUAUGGGCCAGUAAAGGAUACCAUUAGUAAUCCACCGAAGCAGUUAGCACUAGAUACCCAGUCAGUCUGGAGUGAAGUGUAGGGCACUCUAUCGAUUGCCUGUUGUGUAUCGAUUCCUUCCUUUUCUUGUACCAGAACUCACUCACUCUC